UUCUGUGCGACGGGGUCAACAAAGACGAAUUAUAUUCACGCAGCAACAAUGCAUACGCUGGUAUUCUGCUGUCUCUUUAUUAUCAGCCUCUCAUGUCCUCUCUUGUCUCUCCCUAUUAUCGACUCCAGUGAGGUGUCCUAUCAGCUCUCAGCAGAUGAAAAUACAAGAUUAAAUGUGGAGCGAUUGGACAGCUUGGGGAGAGCUUUUCUGCUUCAGACUCUGCCAAGGCUCCUGGGGGCACAAACUGAGGACAGUCCCAGCAAAGCAGGUCUCAGCCCCAGCAGCUACAAUCCAAGGGAAAAUGUGAAAGAGGCUUUCUAUGGAAGUCACCCUCGAAUUGCUUUGCUGAGCCGCCUGCUGGCCAAGGAUAGGAAACAGAAUAAAAAACGUGGGAACCUCUCUGAGUGCUUCUGGAAAUAUUGUGUGUAA